AGAUGAAAUACAAAAUUCAGUACAGUUCGAUAGUUCGUAAGAUGAUCAGGUUCGCCAUUUUGUUAACUGUUGUCUGCGCCAGUGUUUCAGCUUUCAGUAUCCAAGAUAAAGAAGUCCAUCGACCACCGCACUUCAACAUACAAGACAUUGAGGAACUGCAAUCUCCUCCUAAAUUCGGUGUCCUAGUAAAAGAGUCCAACUCAUCUUCUAAUUUGGUUCACUGCACAGCCACUUCAUGCUGUGCAAGUGGCCAAGUUUGUGGAGCGAAUUACUCUUGCCUUGAUGGAAAAACCUUGGAAAAAUGCCUUACCUCCUCGUGGGAUUCGAUGCUCACCCACUCACUGCUGCUUAAAGAAAUAUCGUUGCGGUCCAGGUUUCUCUUGCCUUGAUCCAAUUACUUACAGGUUCAUGACGAGAAAGGUACCCUGCUAGUAAUACUAGAUAUCAUUACAGGAUACUUAUAAGAUUUAAGGAUUAUAAUAUUAUUAAAUAAAAUAAUGCAUAAAGCUUCACAAACCAUUUACGUAAAUAAAUCCCUUGUAAAUAUAUAUUCCUGGUUCCUGGAGCAUCCAUUGUCUCAAGUUGUUUA